CGCAGAUGGAGGCCGCGUACUAACUUGAUGUACAACCAUCCAAUAUGUGGCUGUCUUGCUGAUUCCUCCUUUGCUCACUCGGCUCUCUGUGCUCUGGUGUCGUUCACUUCUCAAGUAGUCACUCCUUUGGCAUUCUUACAAGCCUUAUUCCUCCGCCGACGACCGUACAGACAAUACUUCUGACUGCGCUUCCCUCCGCAGUCGCCUGUCAGAUGAGGCCAACCGUCAAGCCCUGAGUCGAGUCGCUUCCUCCCGCUCACAAUGUUCCGGAUUCGUCGCUAUAGGAUUUUCCUGGUUGUUGCUAUCCUCUCGGUGAUCACGGUAUACCAUCUGUCCCGGGUGAACCAUUGGGAUGGCACAACCUUGGAGGGUCUCAUUGGUUACAAACCAGACGCAGGCAAGCGUAUACCAGGUGCUCAAAUACCACCAGCUCAUGUACAGCCAGAAUCUGUGCCAGACACGCCCAUCUAUCCUGCUGUGAACCCGUCUCCCGCUGCACCGGUCGGAAUAUCAUCCGCCGCACAUGCUCCUGACACAACCUCGACAAGUUCUACCGCUCCAGAUUCGAAGCCCACUGUCACCGGAGAAGAAUUUCUAGCCAUACAACCGAGUUUCGACGAAGAGUUUGGUGAACAUGGUCAGGGUCGAUACGAGGUCAAGCCUAGGCCGCCAGGUCUGGGAAAAGCAGUAUGGAGGCCACAGACUGAACAUUUCCCCGUCCCGUCACAAAGCCUGAUCACCCUACCAACAGGUCAGCCUCAAUCUCUGCCCGUGAUACAGCACACCUUCGGCUGGGAAUCCCCUUCCAAGAAAGCCGAUCGAAAACGGAAACAGACGGCGAUCCGCGAAGCCUUCAAGCAUGCCUGGAACGGGUACAAAAAUCACUCGAUGGGCCAUGAUGAAUUGAGGCCUAUCUCCAAAAAGUCUGCGGAUCCCUUCAACGGCUGGGGUGCGACUCUAGUCGACGCAUUGGACACUCUUUGGAUCAUGGGCCUUCGUACUGAAUUCGAAGAGGCUGUGUCUGCCGUGUCGCAGAUCAACUUCAAGACCUCCGCUAGAAAGGACAUUCCUCUUUUUGAGACGACGAUUCGGUAUCUCGGAGGACUGGUUGCUGCAUAUGAUAUCAGUUCUGGGAAGUAUCCCAUACUACUCGAAAAAGCGAUCCAACUGGCCGACAUACUUCUUGGAGCCUUUGACACUCCCAACAGAAUGCCUAUUGGAUACUACAACUGGGCUCCUUCGUACGCCUCCCAGCCGCAUAGAGCGGGGGCUCAUACAGUCAUGUCUGAGUUGGGUUCGCUUGCAAUGGAGUUCACGAGGCUGGCGCAAAUCACCAAGGAGCAAAAGUACUACGAUGCCAUUGCACGUGUCACCGAUGCCCUUGAGACAUGGCAGAUGCAAACAGAAAUCCCCGGACUGUGGCCUUUGAGACUUGAUGCUUCUGGAUGUAAGAAGCCCGAGGUUGUCAGAACUGCGGCCAGUGAUGGAUUAGCCAUUCCGUUCCUAUCUGAUAAGCCUGGGGAAGACGAAGAGCCUGCUGUCAAUCCUCUCGGAGAAGCAAAGGCAAAGGAUCCUUCUUUGCCUGGAUUGGGCGAAUCUAAUGUGCUGAGCAAAAGGCAAGCAGCUGACUCGGUGGACCCCGUAAAGGAACCUGCCAAAGCAGAGUUCAAGCCUACAUUGGACAAACCUGUGCUCGUCACCAAUGAUGAGUGGGAAGAAGAUUACGCCAGCGUUGACUGUGCGCCACAAGGCCUCGACUACGAGCCUCAUUCCACCAUCCACACCUACGGGAUUGGAGCGAUGGCCGAUUCUACCUACGAAUACUUUCCGAAGAUGUUCGCCCUUCUUGGAGGCCUGAAUACACAGUACAAGUCCAUGUAUUUGGAUUCCAUGGACGCUGUGCGUCAAGAGCUGCUCUUCCGGCCCAUGACCAAAGAGAACCAUGAUAUUCUCUUCACAUCCAGGCAGACUAUUGCACCCAAAGCAACCGAGCCGUCAAGGAAGAAAAUGUCGAUAUACGAAGGUACUCAUCUGGGCUGUUUUGCAGGUGGUAUGUUCGCUCUUGGGGCUAAGAUGUUUGGCAUCUCAGGCGAUAUGAGCAUUGCUGAGAAGCUCACGGAUGGCUGUGUCUGGGCUUACGGCUCUACUCCAAUUGGGGUCAUGCCGGAAGAUUUUGAGCUUGUCCCUUGCGACAGUCUCAACUCUUGCACAUGGAACGAGACAAAGUGGCACAAUGCUCUCGAUCCUUAUCGUGGGGAAAGGAUCCGGGCAGUUGAGGAGUACAAUUUGAAUCAGCAAAGACUCCAUGAAGAAGCAGUGACCGGCUUGGACAGCUUGGCGGAUCAAGAUGCUGCUGAAGUAGUCUCCGAUCCAAGUAUGAAAAAGAGGGAUGUCGCCCCUAAUGUUGACAAAGGCAAGCCUACCAAGACUUUCAUCACUGAUGAAGUCGAAGAGGAAGCCAUCCCCCCACCGCCAUAUGUCCCGCGAGUGCCACUGUCACACGAAAAGUAUGUGGCGGCAAGGAUUUUGGAAGAACGAUUACCACCGGGAUAUAUCAAGAUCCGACAAAGUGAUUAUCGACUUCGACCAGAAGCCAUCGAGUCGGUCUUCAUCAUGCAUCGGAUCACGGGCGACGAAACCUGGAGGGAGAAGGGAUGGACCAUGUUUGACGCGGUGGACAAGGCCACGAAGACGGAUGUUGCGCAUGCUGCGGUCAAGGACGUGACGAGCCAACUCGGCGAGCAGCAAGACACGAUGGAAUCUUUCUGGUUAGCGGAGACUUUGAAGUAUUAUUAUCUGUUGUUCAGCGAGCCUGAUUUGGUCAGUUUGGAUGACUAUGUUUUGAACACCGAGGCACACCCUUUCAAACGACCCAAAUGAUGUCGGAUUGCCGCCUGUUUCGAAAAGGUAUAGAUGGUUCCAGGUUGUUGCUGUACAAAUACUGUUGGAAACACCGUUGUAUAGGAAUUUUGCUCGCGUUCUUAGGCGGUAAGAACUAUUGAUAGCCGGUGUUAUAUUGGGUACUCGGCAAUGAGACUCAAGAAUCAAAAAAAAAUGAUCCUAC